AUGGCCUGGGACCCACUGGACGACGCCGGCGGAAGACAGGUGGAGAUCAGUGGGUAUUCUCUAGGAAGCUGCUUUAUGACUCUGCUAAAGAACUAUCUUCUGAGAAGGACACGCUGGUCCUCCCACUGUCUCCACUCACUCAUGGCGCCAGUGGGGUUCGAGGAGGUGGCCGUGUAUUUCUCCCGGGAGGAGUGGGGGCUCCUGGACGAAGGGCAGAGGCAGCUCUACAGGGACGUCAUGCAGGACAAUUACCAGACUCUGAUCUCGCUGGGAUUCCCUGUCCCCAACCUGGCCAUGAUCUCCUGGAUGGAGCGAGGGGAAGAGCCAAGGGUCCCGGAUAUCCAGGGCUCUGAGGAAAGCGAGAUCACCCGCCCAGGCGAGAGUCGCUGGAGGCGGAGCCAGGAGAAAAGCCUCAAGAGGCUGGACCCCCAGCAGACCUUCCCAGGGAUAGCCCGGAAGUGGGCCAUGCAGAACCCCAGCCAGGGCAGGGCUUGGGGGAGCCAGCAGGAGGCACCCCCGCCCAGCAGAUCUGCUACAUCCGGACGCCAGGAGCGAGGCUUCGGCCGGCUCCUGGGCAUCCUCUUCGAGCCCUCGGCCGUGGCAAGGCCACCUCGGCCCAGGGAGCACGGGAGGGCCCCUGGGUGCAGAAAGGGCUCUGGGAGGCCCUACGGCUGCACCGAGGGUGACAAGAGCUUCCGGCAGAAGCCGCAUUUGGUGACUCACCUGCACACCCACACGGGCGAGCAGCCCUACCUGUGCGCUGCCUGCGGCCAGGCCUUCGGCCAGAGCUCCAACCUGAUCGAGCACCAGCGCACCCACACCGGCGAGACCCGCUCCCGCUGCCCUGACUGCGGGAAGUGCUUCUGCCUCAGCUCCAACCUGGCGCGGCACCGGCGCCUCCACGCAGGGGAGCGGCCCUACCGCUGCACCCAGUGAGGGAGGAGCUUCUGCCACAAGCACCAGCUGACCCAGCACCACCAGGGACACACCGAGGAGGAGGCCGUUGCAGUGCUGAGCCUAGGACCCAAGGGGGCCGCCCCAGUGGUAGAGAUCAGGGAUGCACCGUGAGCUGUGGAUGGGACACUGCCAUUCCUGCGUUAGAUAUUGCUCAGCUUUCUGCUGCAAUGUGAUCCUGCAGCUUCUGUAACACCAGGGCUGGGCCCUCUGCUGCAGUAGGAUCCUGCGAAGGGUUCUGCAAAGCUCCAGGGGAAGUCACUGGCUGGCGUGACAGGGAGCUGAAAGAGCCGAGAAUCGGGAGGGAGCGUUUAUUGCUGCAGUCAGCAAAAUGUGUUGUGAUUGGUUAAUGAUAAUGCGAUGGGACUGCCACCACUUCUUGGCCACUAAAAGACUGUCAGACACGCUUAAAAAGAAACCCUACAGCUCAAAGGAAAGGGAAUAAGGGGGACGGUAAAAAUAAAAGCCUUACUUAAGACUUGACUUUUCACAGCCUUCACUGGUUUUCCUUCUUUUUGGGUAUCUUUAAUACAAUGAU